AUGACUAACUCCCAUCCAGCGAAAUCGCACCAGCGCAGUCGGAGCGAAGUCAUCUCCCGCGAUACCUUUGUACAAUACCACGACGCCGACGACGAUCUUACCUGGGCCGAGCCAGUUGACGAUCACGAUCACUUUGUCCCCAAACCUGCUCCCGUGCUCAUCGCAAACCCCCAACCGCAACGCCAACAUGUCAAACGUAGACCGGUCGAAACACCGAUAACGUCGAUUGCUACCGUCACCACCAACACAACCCCCACUCCUCCCUCCUCGAGCGCUCCAAAGGCAGACCACGCCGCCGCCAUCGGUGACUCGCCGAUCAUCCCGCCUCCUCUACGCAUCCGCCGCCCGAAAGACAUCCAUUCCACAAUGGCCCCGCCACCAGCUCGACAGGUUCGAUUGCUGAUCGCAUCCAUCGGCAACCCCCCACCGUACCACACCACCCGACACUCGGCCGGGCACCUCGUCCUCAAGAGCCUGUCCACACACAUGUCCCUGCCACCUUUGUCACGGAGCAAGGUUUUGGGGACGGGCAGUGUCAGUCUGGGUUCCGACCGGGGCGUUCCAGAAUAUACACUAUGGCAGAGCGCAAGCAUGAUGAAUGUUUCGGGGACCGGCACACUCAAGGCAUGGAAACAAUUCAACGGCCUGAAUGCAGGCGCGUCGCCCGACAUCCUCACCGCACUCGUGGUGUUGCACGACGAGCUCGAAUCUUCCAUCGGGACCAUCAAACUCCGUCGAGGCGAAACCAGUGCCAAGGGCCACAACGGGAUCAAAUCGAUACAGUCGUCUUUCAAGUCGGCAGGUCUCUUGCCGUCCAUGGGCGACAGAUUCAUAAAACUCGGCGUCGGCAUCGGGCGACCUCGGUCCCGCGAGAAGGACGACGUGAGUGCUUGGGUACUGGGACAACUGACGAACCUCGAACGAGGCAAGAUCGAGGCCGCCGCCGAGAGUGUGAUUGCGGUCUUGAGGAGUGAGAUUUCGAGGUUGGAAAGGUCGUGA